GACUCGUGUUCAUGUGGGGAAUGGAGGAGACCAGCUCCUGACUUCAAGAGCCUCACACAAACUCUUGUCCAACUUCUCCAAUGAGACAGAAAGCAGCUCUUGUCAUCUCUAGGCGGAUGGGUGAGCUCUUCCUGCCGGGCUGUGUAAGGAGGCUGAAUGAUGAAGAAGAGCAGUAAUAAUGAACACAUCAGCAAUCAUGUUCCCAAGAACAAUGUCCAGCUCGGGACUGCUAAGAAGGUCUGGCUGUCCUUGCUGUCUCCCCGCUUCUCCUUACGAGAUUAUGGCUUCUGCAUGGCCACCCUGCUGCUCUUCUGCCUGGGCUCCCUCUUCUACCAGCUGAAUGGGGGACCCCCUCAGAUCCUCCUGGAUCUGCGCCUCUACCUGGGUAAUUCAACAUUUUUGGAUGAUCAUGGCCCUACCACCCCAAAGGUUCUACCAUUUCCCAGUCAAGUAGUGUAUAACAGAGUCGGAAAGUGUGGUAGCAGAACGGUCGUCUUAUUGCUGCGCAUCCUGUCUGAGAGGCAUGGGUUCAAUUUGGUUACAUCUGAUGUUCACAAUAAAACCAGACUGACCAAAAAUGAACAGAUGGAGGUGAUAAAGAACAUUAGUACUGCUGAGCAACCAUAUUUAUUUACCCGACAUGUUCACUUUCUUAACUUUUCAAGGUUUGGUGCAGAGCAACCAGUGUACAUUAACAUAAUCCGAGACCCAGUGAACCGAUUUCUCUCCAAUUAUUUUUUUCGACGGUUUGGAGACUGGAGAGGAGAACAAAAUCACAUGAUCCGUACACCAAGCAUGAAAGAAGAGGAGAGGUACUUGGACAUUAAUGAGUGUAUUCUAGGAAAUUAUGCAGAGUGUUCCAAUCCCAGACUAUUUUACAUUAUUCCAUAUUUUUGUGGACAGCAUCCAAAAUGCAGGGAUCCUGGUGAGUGGGCCUUGGAACGUGCAAAACAAAACGUAAAUGAGAACUUUUUACUUGUUGGAAUUCUAGAAGAGCUGGAUGAUGUUCUGCUUUUGUUGGAAAGAUUUUUACCACAUUACUUUAAGGACGUCAUGAGUAUUUAUAAAAAUCCAGAACACAGAAAACUUGGAAAUCUGACAGUCACAGUGAAAAAAGCAUUCCCUUCUCCCAAUGCCCUACAAGUUCUCUACCAGCGAAUGAAAUAUGAAUAUGAAUUUUAUUACUAUGUCAAAGAACAAUUCCAUUUGCUCAAACGCAAGUUUGGACUUAAAUCUCAAGUGAAGACACCAUCUAGUCCAGAAAUGUUGGUCCAAUUUCCACUCCCUAUGGAAACAGUGGAUCCCAUAAUAGAAGAGGAGGAUGAUCAAGAUGAUGAGAAGUGGUUGGAGGACAUUUAUAAGAGGUGAUGCGAGUGCAUCACGAGUCACAACUAUGAAUCCAGAUGCAUUUCUUAAGCUUUUUUAUUGUUAAAAAAUCCUUAAGGAACAUAGUUAAUGCUGAACUGCAUUAACACUUUCCCACAUGUUGGGUAUUAGGGAAAUACUUGUACCCGAUUCUGCGGGUUAUGUUUACUUUUAUUUUUUUAUGUUCAAUGGGAUUGAUGGACGAGGAAAAAGGCUUAUGGCUUAUUUACUUGAGUUUUUGCCAGUAUUUGUAUUUUGCAGGAAGCCUACAACACAGUCUGAUCAACGUUUUUACAGCAAACAUUUUACUGUACUAUGUCAUGAUGAUGUCCAGGUACACCUUAUGACAUGUGAUGGCUCGUUUAUCCCUGUGGUGCCAAUUUUGCAUUUAAACUAUGUACAGUAUUUACAAACUUCUAAAAUUCCUGCUUUUAGAAUUGCCUCACCUGUGUGCACUUUUCAUCCAAUAUAGACCCAACACAGUCAAUUCCUGGAUUUGUCAGAAAAGUAAUUGCAGAUUGUUCUUUGUG